GGCCGUCCCAAAAAUUGGGGAGGAAGAAGGAAAAAAGCCAGAAAAAGUUUCUUUCCCGGAGUCCUAACAGAAGUGUGGGACGGAAGCAGUGGUCCAGGCCGGAGGCCCGGGGCUCCUUGGGGCCCUGACUGCUGUCUGGAGCCCCCCCGUUCCAGGCAAUGUCGGGACCCACCUGGCUCCCUCCGAAGCAGCCGGAGCACGCCAGAGCUCCUCACGGGAGAGCGCUCCCCCGAGGUGCGCCCGGGCCGCCACCAGCCCACGGUGCAGCGCUGCAGCCCCACCCCAGGGCCAACUUCUGCCCCCUCCCAUCUGAGCAGUGUUACCCGGUCCUGGGGGGACCAGAGGAUCGGGGGCUGGCCUGGAUGGGGUGCCAUGGAGCACCCCAGCGCUCACAGGGGUUUCCCCCAGACAGGGGGGCCUUGCGCCCAGGAAGCCUGGAUGCUGAGAUAGAUUCUUUGACCAGCAUGCUGGCUGAGAUGGAUGGGGGUCGUGGCCAAGCCCCAAGGCGGUCGGAGCGGCAGGCUUAUGAGGCCCCUCAUCUCCCCGCCUACAGCACCGGCUCAGGCUCCCUGAAGCUGAAUGGAGGGGGUGUGCCUCCCCCAUCACUCCCAGUGUCUCCCUAUGGGGGCCCGACUCCGGCCUCCUAUACUACAGCCACCACCCCCGCCGGCCCUGCCUUCCCUGUGCAAGUGAAGGUGGCACAGCCAGUGAGAGGCUGUGGACCCCCCAGGCGGGGGACCUCUCAGGCCUCCGGGCCGCUCCUGAGCCCUCAUUUCCCUCUCCCGGGCCGAGGUGAAAUCUGGGGGUCUGGUUAUAGGAACCACCGUGAGUCAGGGCCAGGGAGUAAAGAGGAGGCUGCUAGGGUCCCUGGCCCUGCAGGAGGAGGAAGAGGUGGAGGGUAUGGGCCCCAGGCCCCCUUGAACCAGCCACCCGAGGAAGAGCUUGAGAGACUGACCAAGAAGCUGGUGCAGGACAUGAACUGCCCACCCAGUGGGGAGUACUUUGGCCGGUGUGGUGGCUGUGGAGAAGAUGUGGUUGGGGAUGGGGCUGGGGUUGUUGCCCUUGACCGUGUCUUUCACGUUGGCUGCUUUGUGUGUUCUACAUGCCGGGCCCAGUUGCGGGGCCAGCAUUUCUAUGCUGUGGAGAAGAAGGCAUAUUGUGAGAACUGCUAUGUGGCCACCCUGGAGAAGUGCUCCACAUGCUCCCAACCCAUCUUGGAUAGGAUCCUUCGGGCCAUGGGGAAGGCCUAUCACCCUGGCUGCUUCACCUGUGUGGUGUGCCAUCGUGGCCUUGAUGGCAUCCCCUUCACAGUGGAUGCCACCAGCCAGAUCCACUGCAUUGAGGACUUCCACAGGAAGUUUGCCCCACGAUGCUCAGUAUGUGGUGGGGCCAUCAUGCCUGAGCCAGGCCAGGAGGAAACUGUGAGAAUCGUUGCUCUGGAUCGCAGUUUUCACAUUGGCUGUUACAAGUGUGAGGAAUGUGGGCUGUUGCUCUCCUCUGAGGGUGAGUGUCAGGGCUGUUACCCGCUGGAUGGGCACAUCUUGUGCAAGGCCUGCAGUGCCUGGCGCAUCCAGGAGCUCUCAGCCACUGUCACCACUGACUGCUGAGUCCUCCUAGGAGCAGCUGCUACUUCUCCAUUGUCAUUGACCACCCUGUCUGACAUCUGUUUUUACAAUUUUGUCACCAAAUGCUGUUUUCUUUUCCUCCAAUCAUGAAAUAAUAAUCCCUCAAGAGUUUACCAACACUUUCAAGUCUAUUGUUUCAUCUGAUCUCACAGCAGCCCAGCACACCCUUGUUGACUGUCUGCAUUUUUAGCCACAAAGUGACUUCCCCAGAUUGCAUGGGUUCCAAAUGGUAUAACCAAGAUCAGAAUUUUAAGUCCUCGUCCAGUUUUUGUCCACUACACACUUUCAAUGUAGUUUGGUGUAAAGACUUUCCUCUUUUAGUGAUGGGGGCGCAGGUUGCAGCAUGCUCCAGGGAGGCAGCAUUUUCUGUUCUUAAGUCUGCAUACUCAAUGCACUGAAUAAGGAACUGAACAUCCCUGGGGUGGGGAUGCAUUUAGCCUGGGGCAAGUCCAAUCCUGCCUUUUGGUAGGGUCCUCAACCUACAACUUACCAAAUCACUGGCUGGGGAUAAGAAGGAGAUUUGCGAGUUUUGCUUAAAGGUGGGGCGCCUGUGUCCAAGAAGAGAAGGAACAAUGGGUUAUGCAGGAAUCGCGUACGAAGGCACCAAUAAGGACUGAUUCUUUGUAGGGAUACAAAAUGGUGGGAGGAGAUGCUUCAAAAUGGAAGUUCUAGUCGCUAAGCAUUCACAUUCCCCAAGUUCCGCCCUGCGCGAGAAAGGAGAAUCCUCCCCACCACCCCCACGAAAAAAACACGUCAGGAGGCGCCCUGAGUGUGGUGGCGAGGUACACGACGGGGAGGAGACAGGUUCAGACACCCAGGGAAGCGCGUCCUUCGCUCGCGGCCCGGAAACACCCCUUCUUUCCCACACAUCUCUAUGAUCCUCCCAAGGCCACUCUUGGCCCAUUCCAGAUCCCGUAGCCCCCUCGCCCGCGUGGUU